CUCACCAAAGGUUGGGCGCUAGAGCAGUACGUUGCCGGGUCUUGUCAACAUUAAGAACUCGGAUCGCGAGGACUACUGGAUAAGGCGGCCCCAACAUAUGGAAAUAGCGACCACCCUUCAAGUCGUUCGAUGUAGACUCGCGGCCGUUUUCACACUCCAAAGCACCCUUCCGCGGACCGGCGAAUUAGCGUUACAGUGCCGACUCCAAAUCUGGCAUGACGAAGACGAAACCGGGCCGGGCCCGGGACGAGCCCACCACGGCAGACCGGUGUUAUAACUGCCGACGUCGACGGCUCCGCUGCGACCGGUCGUAUCCGUCAUGUCAUAAAUGCACCAUCAAUGGUGAGCAAUGUCUUGGCUAUGGUCUAGUCCUGCGCUGGGCCAACGGCCCUGCUACACGAGGCAAGCUUGCCCCUGGCAUCCAGCCGCCCGUCUCCCCCCCGGGUUCCGGACAAGAAGCCAUGGUACAAAUUGCGGGUGCCUCGGUGCCUGCGCCGACUUCCAUAUGUCUGUCUCUCGUCGACCCUCUCCUAAAUCACCUCCACAGAGAGUCAAGGCACUACAUCAACCACUUUGCGACCACGGUCUGCCGAGACUUGGUCUCGAUCGACCAAGAUGGCAGAAAUCCCUUUCGGGCAAUGAUACCUCUGAUAGGGACAUUUGACUUCCUCGAGGCCGUCGUGAUUGCCACGUCAGCAAUGCAUCUGGCGACUCUCCAUCGAUACCGGGGUGUACCUGCUGGUGUCGAGCUGUUAGACUCCCUCGUUGCCAAGGACAGGGCCAUUAGGCUUCUUGGCUCGGCCAUUGGUCGGGCGUCUCCUCUCAACCAAGCCAUGGUGCUAGCCGCCAUUGUGUUCUUUGUCAAUCUUGACCUUAUCGACUCGGGUAAAGGAGGUUGGAAAGCGCAUAUUGAAGCCGCCGGAACCUUAAUAUCCUCCCUCCAGCGUGGCGGCCAGAGACUGGGCUCUUCAAUAACAUACCUUGCAGACGCCAUGGCCGCUGACUGCCUCACCUACCGCAUCCUCGGUUCGACAAUCAGCAGCGUCGGAUUCAUGGCCGAUUCAAUACAAGAUGGCGUGGACGUAUUGGCCGUUCUCCAGCGAGCCGAGGCCCACAGUUACCACUGCUGCCCACCCCCCAUUCUUCAAAUCAUCCUGUCCACGAGCCGGCUGUGCACUCGUGGUGCCACCGGAAUCGAGGCAGGCACGGACAGGAUCGAGAUUGCUCUCUCUCUCUUGCAUCAGGCUCGCGCACUGGAUGUGCGAGGAUGGGUGCAUGCAAUUCGUGGCCUCUCGGCCCACGACGAGCUUGAGGUCCGUGUCAAGUUGGCUGCCGCGCAUCGAGCUGCUGCUUGCCUUUAUAUCCUCCUUGCAGUUCCCGAGGCACAGUCAGCACAGUCAACACCGCCAUUCUCAGAGUUGGAGAGCGUGGUUGGCGAGAUACUGGACAGCCUGUCAUCCGUCCCAGUCGGUCACGUCCUCCUCAAGGGGACCGUGUGGCCUACCUUCAUGGCGGGCGCACAGACAAAUGAUAUUUUGCGCCGAGCGUGGUGCGCCGACCGGCUUUAUACCGUUUGGACGGAAAGUCCCUGGGUUUGCCCCUGGGGCUAUGUCCAAACAGCCAUGCAGAUGCUACAAGACAUCUGGGCGGCCAGGGAUCACGUUUCUUCGAAUCAUUCAGAACUCGGGACAACAAACUGGCUGCAGGGGCUUCGAGACAUCAGAAGUAACUGCCUGAUUGUUUAACUAGUAGAGAUGCAGAGAUUUUUCUUGAUCAUUAAUACACUUCUUGCGAUACCUCGAGAACUUUCCAGGCGAGCUACGUGCUCUUCAAAGAGGAAUCCCGAUGAUUUAAUGGCAGCUAACUAGGUAGGUAGGUAAUCAGUGC